ACAGAGCCAAUAAAACUAAAAUUAGGCAACUCUCGCACACUAAUUGGGCAAAAAAAGAGAGCGAGAGACUAAUUCAGUUUCCCUCUCGACUCUCAUUUCCAUCAAACCCUCGCCUCUCUCCAUUUUUCGAAUCCCUAAUUCUCCACCAAUGGCCUUCUCCGAUUACUCCAAGCAAUCCCUAAUCCCUAGCUUCAUCUAUUCCUCCCCCUCCUCCUCCGCUAAAGCCUUAUCUCUCUCUAAACUCCUCCACCACUCGCCGUCGUCGUCUCCGUCGAGGAAUGGAAACAGCGGACCUGGAAGUUUUGUGAUCCCCGCUCCGAGUGAGCCUGGAAAGAUCGAGAUGUACUCUCCGGCUUUCUAUGCUGCUUGUACUGCUGGCGGUAUUCUUAGCUGUGGUCUUACGCAUAUGACUGUUACUCCUCUUGAUCUUGUUAAGUGUAAUAUGCAGAUUGAUCCAACAAAGUACAAAAGCAUCUCAUCUGGUUUUGGAGUUCUGCUCAAGGAACAGGGUGUGAGAGGCUUUUUUAGAGGAUGGGUACCCACUCUCCUUGGUUACAGUGCUCAGGGUGCAUGCAAAUUUGGGUUCUAUGAGUUCUUCAAGAAGUAUUAUUCUGAUAUGGCCGGGCCAGAAAAUGCAGCCAAGUACAAGACCUUGAUUUAUCUUGCUGGUUCUGCAUCUGCUGAAGUGAUUGCAGAUAUUGCUCUUUGCCCCUUUGAGGCUGUUAAGGUCCGAGUCCAAACUCAGCCUGGUUUUGCUAGAGGCUUGGGAGAUGGCCUUCCCAAAUUUGUCAGAUCUGAAGGCGCUCUUGGGUUGUACAAAGGUAUUGUGCCUCUCUGGGGACGGCAGAUUCCAUAUACCAUGAUGAAGUUUGCGUCUUUUGAAACCAUUGUUGAGAUGAUCUACAAGCAUGCUAUCCCUAGACCAAAGAGCGAGUGCAGCAAAUCUCUGCAGCUUGGUGUUAGUUUUGCCGGUGGUUAUGUUGCAGGUGUUUUGUGUGCUAUUGUAUCUCAUCCUGCUGAUAAUCUUGUAUCUUUCCUCAACAACGCCAAAGGUGCAACCGUUGGUGAUGCUGUGAAGAAGAUUGGUAUGCUGGGUCUGUUUACCCGGGGGCUUCCUCUCCGUAUUGUCAUGAUCGGAACUCUUACUGGAGCCCAGUGGGGUAUCUAUGAUGCAUUCAAAGUUUUUGUGGGACUGCCUACCACUGGUGGUGUUGCUCCUGUUGCGCCUGCUGCUGAGCUCGCAAAGGCUUAAAUUUGGAAGAUUGCAAAUUUUAGCGUAUUUUUAUGAAGCUGGGAAAAUGAUAGGGAAAAUAAACAUAGGAUUGAUGAGACUCCCAAGGGCAGUAAAGAUUAUUAUUCUUUUACAUUCAGAACUUGCUUCGGUUUUUUGUCUUUUCCGGCUAAUUUAGCUCUUGGAGGGAUGGUUUUGCCUUCAUCCUUCCGAUCAUGAAUACCUGUGUUAGUUAGAUUGAUAUUUAUAAUUUAGUUUGAUGUUGGGAAUACAAUGUUCCCCUUCAACUCAACCUAAAAUAAUGAGCAGAUUGGGAGAUUAUUUUUGUUCUGCCUAUUUUAAUUCUGAGGCUUUUGUUAUAUGAGAAAGUGAAUGUUAUGCUUUA